UUCGACUUCAAUCCUCAGCCCUACCCUUUGCCUCGAAGAACAUUAAAGCGAAAAAAGAGGCAAUCUCUGACGCGACAUAUCGGUAUUAUAAUGGAACCAAGGUAACGGGAAAUCGUAUUCGAAGGCGCGGCCCUACUUGCCAAUAUGCCGCCUCGACGACCACCCGACGUCGCUACUUCCAUCCUCUUCAUAGUAUUCCUCUGGUUUGUCAUUACCAGUCACGAGAGCCCUAGUCAACUACUUUCGUUUAGUAGCUUCUUGUCAGAGCGUUAUGCGAAACACCAGGCCGCGCUCGAACGCUUGAACAUAUCGACCUGGGGUGAUUUCUCGCCAAGACAAAGCGAUAGUCCAGCUCACUUCAGUGGAUCGUAUCUGAAUCUGACGGGAUUCCGGGAAGAGGAUGGUUUCGCUUGGGACGACCUGGCUCGGUUUCGAAAGCAGUGCCAUGAGUGGAGUCGCCGAGUCAACCCGCCCAUGGCGGGGGGAGAGAAAGGGCACCCAUCGAUCACACAACAGGCAGUUUGGCACAACGCCACUGGUUUUGUCAAGGGUCAUUGGGUUCGCAAGGACUCCUCAGCAAAUCGGACACAGGCCGACUAUAACCUCACAGCCAUUGCCCCCGACUACACAUGGCAAGAUUCUGGCCACACGUGGUUCAGGAACAUCACUGGCAGAGAAGGGAAAAUUGCGGUCGAUAUCGUCGAUAACGGGCGCAACGUGGCGCAGCUAUAUUACGACGCCCUACUAGACGAGGCUGCAAGAGCUGGCGGUCUCAUUCGGACAGCGAAGGCGUCUCUUGAAAUUGAAGAUGUGGGAGGGAGCGGGAGGACGUGGGAGAUGCGCUUGCACGGCGUCCAGUGGCCACGCACCGGGGUCUUCCUCAUGACCACGACAAGCGAGAAGUUCGACGGCAUAUUUGGCCUGCCUCACCUCAGUCCCGGCCCGGAAUAUUUUCGCUCCAGUCAGACGCUGCUGAACGAGACGCUGGCUACGCUCAUCCGCAAAGAGAAGGCGUCCCUCUUCGCCGACGUGCCUUCCUCCUUUUCGUCUGAAACGGUGGACUUCCAGCAAGACUCACUCAGCCCCUCUCCGCGCUGCGAGUUCGUCCUGUUUGCUCAGGUUCAUCCUCUGGACAACUCUCAACUCGACAUGAAGGGGUUCAAUUCCGACUUGGCGAGUAUUUCCGAAGUAGUGGGCGAUAUCGAACGGGAGCUUCGGUUUCCCAACGGUGCACCGAUUCGCGGGAUUCCGGACCUACAAAUGUCUGCCAUCCUGUGGUCCCCAGAUUGCGCCUUCUUCCUCGAGACCAAAGGGCCUCCUGCGUACACGCCGGCAGAGGGUCGGCAUCUGGUUGGAAGCAAGAUUGAAGUGAUCUUUGGCCAAAUUCGGUUCUGGGUGCUUACCUGCGCCGGCGCGUUUGGGGCUCAGGUCUUUCUGCUGAAAGAGCAAAUGAGAGAGUCGUUUACUCCUUCCACGCUCUCUCGCAUCAGCUACUCUUCCAUCAGCAUGAUGGUAAUUCUAGAUGGGCUGACUUUUGCAGCGGCAUCGAUGUGGGCUCUUGAGGCAGGGAUCACUUUCCUUGAGUCACUCUGCCUUUUGUUCGCUGCUUUCAUGUCCAUGUCAAUCGGAGGCAUUUUCCUUGCCGAGAUCCACAAGGUACAAGAACCCCAAGACAGGCGGCGAACGGAGAGGGAGUCAGCGUCUAGCCGUAACAACGCGCCUGUCCCCGAAUCAGCUCCGCCAAGGCGGGAAGAACAACAACAACAACAACAACAACAACAACAAGCUGCUCCCAGUUCUGAGCAGACGGACGCAGAAGCUGUGCCGAGGCGAGCCGAGUCGCCGCCCAUCAUCAUACCCUCGGACCAGGACAUCGACGCAGAGAUAGCCCAAGUUACGGCCACGAACAAUAACACGGGACGACGUGAGGCCACAUCCACCCGCGGGUUCGUGAUAGGCCGCCUCGCCACUACCAUCUCUAUUGUGCUAUGCUUCUUCAUCUUCUCCAUGGCCUGGUCUUCUCGGAUCCGCUCCCUGUUCACCAACAUAUUCGCACUGGUGUACCUCUCGUUUUGGCUACCCCAAAUCCACCGCAACGUCAUGCGUAAUUGCCGCCGCGCACUGUCAUGGCGCUUUAUGAUCGGCCAGUCGGUGCUGCGGCUCGCGCCGCUGGCCUACUUCUACCUCAGGGAGGAUAACUUUCUCUUUGCCGAGCCGGACCGUCGCAUGUUCCUCGUUUUCUGCGGUUGGCUCUGGGUGCAGCUCUGGGUCCUCGCUUUCCAAGACGUCCUAGGACCGCGGUUCGGGAUCCCAAAGUCCUGGACUCCCGAGGCGUGGGACUACCACCCCAUCCUUCGGGAGGACAACCUCGAGGACGGAAGCUUCCCUAUCGGGCUCCUCUCGUCGUUGGAGCCCGUACAUGCUGGAUCGACGGGCGCGGAUGGGGAGCGGGAGGAUGAUGGAGAAGAUGGGGAUGGCGCUCGAACGGAGUGCGCCAUCUGUUUUGACGUCCUUGAGGUGCCAGUGGUACGGGCCGGUGAGGCGGACGCGGCAGCUGGAGGUGUUGCUGGCGUGUUGACGAGGCGGAACUACAUGGUAACACCUUGCCGGCAUGUGUUCCACAGUGCAUGCCUUGAGAGUUGGCUGCGGUACCGUCUGAAGUGUCCGAUAUGCAGGGACGACCUGCCUCCACUAUGA